GCAGCAGCAGCAGAAUGGCUCACACUGAAUCUCAACCACCCACUCCCUCCAAGAUCCCCAAUCUUCUUUUUCAUUUCCCUAUAUGAAUUGGAAAGAGAAGUUUUCCUUUCUCUGCCAUCUCCCCUUUUUGUUUGGCUCCCAAGGAAAUCUUACAACAGAAAGGAAGGGAAAAUGGAGCAAAAGCGACAAAACAGCCGGCUAACAAGUCACAGCACUAGCUGGUGAUGGAGAUAGGAGACAAAUUCCCCUUCUGGUUUUAGGGGCUGAGUUGAUGUAAUAAAGAUGAACAGUAAUCAACUGGAGUGCCGAGUAUGUAUCUGUUCAUUGUUCUAUUUAUUUAUUCGUCUGUUAAUUAUAAAUAUACUUGUCUGUGGCUUCCAUUGAAAAUGCCAUUACUGAAACUGACUGAUAACGCCUGCCUUGCCUCCCCCAUUGUUCCG